CUAGUUGAUGAAAUAACUUGAUUUAAAACAUAAAAUACAGAAGGAAUUUUUGGGUUUACAGAGAAUUUUACUCUACUUUUCGACUCUUUAACAUUUUCACAUUUCCCGCAAAAUGCAAUUAAAUAUGUCUUCCUAUUAGAACAAUCUAAAGAAUCAAUUAAUUGAAUCCAUACAAGGAAUUUUAGUCCUUGUUAUUUUCCUAUAUAAAUGCAAAUAUGAGCUGAGAACAUUCAUCAGUUUCAUCAGUCUUUAAGUCUCAUCAGGAUGUCUUCUAUUCGUUCAGUUCUAAUCUCAGCAGUUAUUCUUGUUGUCAUUGCCAUGUGCAAUUGCCAGCUGACAUUUUCACCAGGCUGGGGUAAACGCUCAUCUUCAGCUGGUAUUUUUGAACCACAUCCUGGCAAUUGUCACAAUGCCAACGAAAUGUUAAUGGACAUUUUCAAAUUUGUUCAGAAUGAAGCUCAAAUGUAUUUGGAUUGUAAUCAACAAAAGUAAAGGAAUAUCAAUCAAUCUUUUCUCUCUCUCAAAAUGAAUCCUGGGAUUGGCCUUAAAAUGAAUAUGUUACAAUAUAAUUUCUUCUUCUUCUCCAAUUAAUGAUGUCGCAUAGGUUCCGUACCUUGGGUAAAAGUCAUAUUUUACCAUUAUUUGUUUUUGUAAGCCAAAUUUUGUUUCGGUUCUUAAAUAUAUGAUAAAUAUGAUACAGUUAUAAUAUCUACCUAUGUAUACACAAAUAAACUUAUAUGAAUAAAUUUGUUGACUUUCA